GCGACAAGAUGGCGGCGCCCGCGCCGUGCCACGCAGACUUCCGCCCGGCGCCGAGGUCCGGGGUCGACCGCGGGUCGCCUCGGAGGUGAAGUCGGGACGUGCGUGGUGCGGAGCUGCAGCCUGGGUGCGCUGGGGCACCAUGUCAGAAGGAAACGCCGCGGGCGAGCCCAGUGCUCCAGGAGGGCCCCGACCCCUCCUUUCUGGGGCGCGGGGGCUUAUCGGGCGGAGGCCGGCGCCUUCCCUCACCCCGGGCCGCCUUCCCUCCAUCCGCUCCAGGGAUCUCACCCUCGGGGGAGUCAAGAAGAAAACCUUCACCCCAAAUAUCAUCAGUCGGAAGGUCAAGGAAGAGCCCAAGGAAGAAGUAACUGUCAAGAAGGAGAAGCGUGAUAGGGAUAGAGACCGACAGCGAGAGGGCCAUGGACGGGGCCGGGGGCGCCCAGAAGUGAUCCAGUCCCACUCUAUCUUUGAGCAGGGCCCCGCUGAAAUGAUGAAGAAAAAGGGGAACUGGGAUAAGACGGUGGAUAUGUCGGACGUGGGGCCCUCUCACAUCAUCAACAUCAAAAAGGAGAAGAGGGAGACAGAUGAAGAAACAAAACAGAUUCUGCGUAUGCUGGAGAAGGAUGAUUUCAUCGAUGACCCUGGGCUGAGGAAUGACACUCGAAACAUGCCUGUGCAGCUGCCGCUGGCUCACUCGGGCUGGCUUUUUAAGGAAGAGAAUGAAGAACCAGAUGUUAAACCUUGGCUGGCCGGCCCCAAGGAAGAGGACAUGGAGGUGGACGUGCCUGCUGUGAAAGUGAAAGAGGAGCCGCGAGAUGAGGAAGAGGAGGCCAGGAUGAAGGCUUCUUCCAGAGCAGCCAGGAAGACCCCGGGCCUCCCGAAGGACGUGUCCGUGGCAGAGCUGCUCAGGGAGCUGAGCCUCACGCAGGAGGAGGAGCUGCUGUUCCUGCAGCUGCCAGACUCACUCCCUGGCCAGCCGCCCACUCAGGACGUCAAGCCUAUCAAGACAGAGGUGCAGAGCGAGGACGGACAGAUGGUGGUUAUAAAGCAGGAGAAAGACCGGGAAGCCAGGCUGGCAGAGAAUGCUUGUACCCUGGCUGACCUGACAGAGGGUCAGGUCGGCAAGCUGCUCAUCCGCAAGUCGGGGAAGGUGCAGCUUCUCCUGGGCAAGGUGACUCUGGACGUGACCAUGGGGACCACCUGCUCUUUCCUGCAGGAGCUGGUGUCCGUGGGCCUUGGAGACAGUAGGACGGGUGACAUGACAGUCCUGGGACACGUAAAGCACAAACUUGUAUGUUCUCCCAAUUUGAAUCCCUGUUGGAUCACAGACACCGGUAAAAUGAGCAGAUGGAGGAUGGUGGUGAUUGUGUCCACGGCUGGCCUGCUCCAGACGUUUUGUUCUCAAAUCUGUUCAACCCAGAAGGCGCCUGUUUAGCCCACCCACUCCAGCCAUUGUCCCAGUUUUCCGCACAUGGCUCCUUCCCGCAGCAGCUGUGAACGGCGCAGUGACCUUCCCACAGCACGGAGACUGCACACCCUCGCUGCUGGGGGGCUUGUCCCUGCUAUUUAUUUUUAUAUUUAUGGCUUAGCUCUUCAACUGACUGCAUCCUCCCCAGGUGGAGCGGGGGCACGGUCUGGGAAAGGACGGGCUCCUUCUCUGGUGACGUCUUUGUUCUCAGGGUAGGAAGUGUACGGACAGCUGCUGCUCCCUCCUUCCCCCCAAGAGGCGGCGCCAGAGAGAGAGCAGGGACUUCCGAAUCUGAGACUCAGCCCCAGCUCUGCCCAUUACUAGUUGUGUGACUGGACAAACUACCUAACGUUUCUGAGCCUCAUACUCCUCAUCUGACAAAAAUGAGGACCAUACCUACCUCACAGGGUUGGCAUGAGGAUGCAGUGGAAUACUGUCGAUGAAAACUUGCACAAGGCCAGACAUACACAGUAGGCGCUCAAUAAAUGUUAGUUUAGUUUCCCUUCGACUGAAUCUAUUUUCAAACAAAAGAGAGAUUCUGAGAAUCUCAGAUAAAGUGAAUGGAGCUGCUUCAUCCCGCAUUCUUACUCCGUGUCCUGUCCCCGCAGCGUGAUGCUCUGACGGUUUGGGUUUGGGCCCUUCUAUGCCCUUUUUUUCCUAAGCACUCCUAGGCAAGUGCUUCCUGUUUAUUGCUGCGAGGCUCUAGCUGUAGGUGCCAUCAGAAGUGACAAAGUCAGAGACUCACUCCUCCCAGUGCCCUACAGAUGCCUUCGGGUGACAUGGUGGUCCCAGGACUCCCUCCACCCUCACUCCUGCAGUAAGUAGCUGCUACUCUUCCAGUAGCUGCUUCCACUUUUUCUCAGAAGAAACCUGUGACCACUCCUGGAGAAUUAUCACCACACCGAGUCAAAUACUGCUGAAAAACAACCCUGGCUGAGAUAGUAAGUAGAGAUUUAUUGCAUAAUGGCCUCACUUUGAAUUUGAGAGGCCCACCUCUGUCUCCUGCCCUGGCAUCAGCUUGGAUUCCACUGCCACUGGCCGCGCUGGCCUUGUAGUUCAUUGGUCUGUGGUCUGUUCCUUUCAGCAGCUCACCACACUCUUGACCCUUCCAGUGUGUGGUCCCUAAGGAGCAGCUUCUCUUUCCUUGUCCCUUGUCUGCAGGGCAGGAUCGGGGAGGCACCUCUGAGGUUGGGGAAGGCCUCCUGUUGCAGUGUACGUGGUCAUGAGACACCGGCAACGCAGCUCCCUUUGCUGUGAGCUUAGCAGACCACCUCUGGGACAGGUGUGAACCACACAGACACCUCUUAACUUAGGUGGCCCGAGAGGUUUUGGAAGCGUAUGCCUUCCUUUAUUCUCGCCUUCUUUCUGUUCCUUGAGCCUGUUUUUUAUUCAUCACCACUGGGGCUUCUUCUCCACCGAGCCCCUCAAGCUGCCUAGCCAGCAGCUAGGAGGCAGGAUUGACUGUGUAAUCCCCACAUCGCCCCUUCUUUAGCUAAGAGCUCACGUGAGCUCCGUUGGAUGGUGCUGUUCUGGUCUCUGUUCUCACUAUAGAGGACAGGUGAGCAGAAAGGGUCUUGGAGACGUGUGCCGUGGAAGUCCUGUUUGGUCUAAUGCUGAGCUUUGAUGAACCAACUCCUUUUUUGUUCUCUGGGCUUCAGUGUUUGCUGCUUCUCCUUUUCCACAGCUAAUGCACUGCCAGUGAGUCUCCAUUGUAAUCCUCUCUUUCUCUUGGUUACUUUGGUUCAAAAACACUCUUCUGCUUUUCCCGGCUAACUCAAAGGCCCUGCCUUGUUAGAUGUUUGGUGUUUUGCAGUCUUUAGUUCUUUGACUCCUCCACGGAAGCUUGAGGAAGAGUGUGUACCACUUUAACGUUCACCACUUCGCCAUUUCAAGUAUCUUGGGGAUCGACCAUUAUGACCCUGCAUCAGAGUCCCCACGACCUGUCUCUACAUUCCUGAUACACAGAUUGAACAUCGUCAAUAAAAGUGUGGCAAAAAGACGAGGCAAGUCUGCUUUCUUGGCCAAGCCUCCAAAGCAUACAUUUCUACCAACAAAUAAAUGCAAAUAACAGGAGUAAAAAGCCCAAAGCCAAAUUCAUGUAUGAGUGCAAAUGGAUGCAAAUUUAUUACUACCUGCAUCUGUGUGUAUGCAUUUUGUUAAGAUGCCGAAAGCGAGCUGUAGGCUUGUUCAUUUCUUAAUUACAUGAUUAAGUGACAGAGUGUGGGCCUUAGAGUCAGGGUGGGGUUUGAAUCUAACUCCACCAGUAUAACAUUGGGGAAAAUCAUUUAUCCUCCCUAAGCUCAGUUUUAUUCAUUUUCUGUAAAAAUGAGAUAAUAGUAGCUUUUUAAUAGGGUUGCUUUUAAAUUACAGUGGACAUAAAGCAUUUAUUUCAUGCCAGACAGAAAAGUGCUUCUGUCAGGACCUGAUCAGCACAAGUAACAGAAAACUAGACUGACAGUGACGUAAGCAAUAAGAAUGUUUAAUUGUCUCAUGUAACGGGCAGUCUGGAGAUAGAUGGUUCCAGAGUUGGGUGGCAGCCAAAACAUCAAGAUUUUCUUGGAUGCAUUUGUUCUGCCAUCCUUGGUGUUACAAAGUGGCUGCAACAACUGAGCAUCAUUUCUUCAAAUGACAGUGUCCAGAGCCAAAGCAGGAAGCAAAGUAGACAGCAGUAAAGGAACUUUCUCCUCAUUCUGCUCAUAUCAGGGAGGAGUAUCCUUCAGAGGCCCAAAGAGACUUGCCCCUAUGUCUCUGAUAGAGCGGACCACAUAACCACCCUUGGAUGGGCACUGGCGAAGAGGGAUGGGUGGACCAGUUUGUCCCCUGGCACUGACGUCUUGUUGCCUUUGAGACAGGGUUUUGUUAGUAGGGAAGAAACAGGAAUGGCAGUUAGGUAUAAACAGUCCAUGAUAGUUGCCACCAUGAUUAAAAAAUACUGUCUAUUUUACUAAACUCUAACUAUAUCUAGGUAGAAUGUUUUUUAAUGUUCAAUUACCUUUUAUUCUACUAAAUAAACCAGUUUUAACAUUUUAGUGCA